AUGGCGGGAUCCCAACUCAAGCAGCUACGUGCGUCGCUCAAGGAGAAAGGCCUCGUUGGCCAAACGAAUGUCAAACGAAAAAACAAAAACGCAAAGACUCCCUCGGAAACGAGGCGUCAGGAUCAUAACAAGAUCAUAAGUGAGAUUCGUAACGAUUUUAACCAGUUUGACAAUCGGUACAAUAGAACCAAGCAUGAUGUGACUACGAUUCUGAAGGGCAAGUUUGUGAAAGUAGGUUCGAAACAGCAUAACGAAGCAAGUAGAAACAACCAGUCGGUAGAACAGGCAUUGAAAAGUGAGCAUGAAGCCAAGAAGAAAUUCCGAGGACGAACGGGAGGUUUGGUAGACCGAAGAUUCGGAGAGGGCAAUGCAAACAUGACGGCAGAAGAGAAAAUGCUCAUUCGUUUUGCCAGGGAACGGGAGUCCGGUAACAAAAAGAAGCAUGCAUUUUCAUUGGGAAGCGAUGAUGAAGAAGACGGUGCUGAAGACGACGAUGACGGAUUCGUUCUCACACAUGGAGGUAAGGCGAUAGCUGACGAAGAGUCGUUGGGAGACCAAGUUACUUAUGCAGAUGAAAAUUCGGCACAACCAUUGCGCCGAAAAUCCAAGGCUGAGGUGAUGAAAGAAGUGAUAGCAAAGUCCAAGUUCUACAAACAGCAAAGACAGAAAGAGUUUGCCAAGACCCAAGAUGAGAUUAUGGACCUUGAUGAAGACUUUGGUGAUGUUAUGCAAGUGAUGAAUGAACAACCCGUUCCAAAACAACCCAUUAAAUCGAAAACGGCUGAAGAAAUAGAAUACGAUAGUCGGGUACGUGAACUUACCUACGAUCGUCGUGCUGUUCCUGCUGACAGAACGAAAACUGACGAGGAGCUUCGCAAGGAGCAUGCUGAGAAAAUGCGCAAGCUUGAAGAGGAGCGUGAGAAGCGUAUGCUGGGCUUUGCAUCUGAAGGUGGUGAUAAUAUUGACGACGAUUUCUGGGAGAAUGACCAGGACGAGGACGAAAUGGAAGGAGUCAGCAUUGAGAAUGGCGCCUCAUCGGACUCAGAUGAAGAACUGGAAACUGAGGUGACUUCAAAGAGCAGUAAACCAAAAGCUGCAAAGCAUGCCAUUCCUUCAACACAAACCGAAUUCAUCUCUAUAGUAGAAGGCGUUGAACCUUCUCAACAGCCUCGUUUGGUGAACUCUAUAGUUGAGUCACAUCAUCCUCGGUUGGCAGCUGGAAACAAAGAGAAGAUGGAUGUCUUUGUUGGCAUUCUUUUUCAGCAUGUUCUUUACUUGGCCGACAAGGAUAAAGAGUUAACGGAAACAUACAUUUCUAUUCUUGUUCCUCUCGCUGAAAAUUACAACCAGGCACUUGUGGAAAACGUUAGAACCGAAUUGCAACAAGUCCAGAACCAUAUAUUGGACCAGAAAUUGAGGACAAGGGACUUGGUUUUAUUCGCGGUGAUCGGAGUGCUUUUUUCUACAUCGGACCACUAUCACCUUGUGGUGACACCAGCAUUAAUUUUGAUGAACGAAGCGAUUUCAAGCACGCAAUUCAGACAAGUUUCUUUGAAACAAUUAGCUGAGGCAGUCUACCUCAGUGAUAUGGUACUUCAUUAUCAGAGAAUCGCGAAGCGGUAUGUUCCCGAAGUGGCGUGUUUCUUGCAAAGGGCAUUGAUGGCACUUGUACCGCAAGUUGAAAAAUUGGGAGGAAAGCCAGAAUUCAAUUUGAAACCCAAUGACAAACGUAAGAAUAAGGUGCAAAUUUCAAUCAGUGGAUUGAGUGAAGAUUCUCCAGAUUUCAAAUUUAGUCUUUUGGACCGAAUUUUGGAGUUAUGUGACCGGUCAGUUAGCAUGUGGAGAGAUAAUAGCGGCAUUGUGGAAAUAACCGCACCUCUCAUACCGAUAUUGACCCAUUUGGCGAGGUAUUUCAACAAUGAGUUGACGAAUCUUGCAGCCAUUUUGACGAAAAUUGUCAAGUUGCACGAAAAUGCCGUUAAGGAACGGGUGCCAUUAGCAUUACAAACACACAAGGCGUUGGCAAUACCUACUUAUGCUCCCAAAUUUGAAGAGAAUUUCAAUCCUGAUAAAAAAUCUUAUGAUGCUAAUCGUGAGAGGCAGGAAAUUAACAAGAUGAAGCAUCAAUUGAAGAAGGAAAAGAAGCUGACGAUGAAAGAUAUUCGGAAGCAAGGACGGUUUAGUGCCAGGGAACAAAUUCGGGACAAAAAGCAAAUGUAUGAGGAGUAUCAUAAAAAGAUGGCUAAUAUUGUUAGCAGCAUUUCUACCACUGAGGGAGCUGAAAAAAAUGCCUACGAACGUGAAAAGAAAAAACGAGCCAAAAAAUAG